AUAGCAAAUAAUUUGUUAUUCAUAAAGGUUAAUAACCGAUCUAAAUACUUGUUGAUAUUUACACUUUAAAAUUAAAGAGGGGACUAGACUAUAGCUAACGUUAGCAUGGACGGAAACAACAAGAGGACUAAAGUUAGCUAGCUAGCUCGAACGUCGCUACCAAGCUAGCCAGUUAAUCGUUCACGUAUUGUAGUGUUAUAACACAUUUUCGGACCUAGCGAACUGUAGAUAUAAUAACGUUAUCUAGUUAAUCGAAUUCAAUAGGGGGGAAAAGUAUAUUCAAAAGCAUGUUUUGUCGAAUGCAAACACAUAGCUAGCUAACUAACAUUAGUAUUAUCAUGACUCCAUUGGGUUCUCGAGAGCUAACACAUAGGUAGCUAGCCAUGUUGUUAGCUUAGCAUGCUAACUUUAUUUAGCGGGCUGACUUGUUUCUGACUGUGUGUACUUGUAACUGCCAGACCUUGCCUGCAUUCCAAACACUUAAGACACACCCUAUUUCCUCAGCCCUCAAAGUAAGUGGACACUUCUGAUGACGUCUGACGAGUAUACACUUGCAGGGUGAGGGGGGAAGGAAUUAUUUUUAAAUGGACCGCCCUUGCCCGGAAAUUCGUCAGUCAUUCAUGCCGCGAAGAUUGUGUUUUCAGCCACUGGUAGCGUGUGGGUGCUUUAUAUACGCUACGCUUUCAGACUGGUCCAAGGUGCUGUGCCGAUUAUAUUGAACUCAACAUGUACUACUCCUACUCCACAAAGAUUCUAGAUUUUUCCAAAUUAAAACAUUAGAAGAGGAUGGAUUGGGACUAGGAUUAGGAUACGGAUUCUAUACAAUUUUUUGGUAUGCAAUUUAAAAGCACUAGAAGAGGACGGAUUUGGAUUAGGAUACGGAUUCUAGAAUUUUUUUUAUUUAUUUAAAGCAUUAGAAGAGGAUGGACUAGGAUUGGGACUAGGAUUAGGAUACGGAUAAUCUCCACCAUUGUUCUUGGAAUCGAUCAGUGAGUUUGAAGCCUGCAGGUGCCUUCGGUUUAUUUUAGCAGGGCCUAACCAAUACCAACAAUGACUGAUGGAAGGAUCUACGUGGGAAAUCUUCCAAUGGACGUCCAGGAGAAGGACAUAGAGGAUCUCUUCUUCAAAUAUGGAAAAAUCCGGGAUAUCGAACUAAAGAAUAACAGGGGAACCAUCCCUUUUGCUUUUGUUCGCUUCGAUGAUCCACGGGAUGCGGAAGACGCGGUCUAUGGAAGGAAUGGAUAUGGAUUCGGAGACUCCAAGCUGCGUGUAGAAUACCCUCGCUCCUCUGGCGCCAAAUUUAGUGGCCCUAUGGGAGGAGGAGAAGGAGGGGGUCCUAGGGGGAGGUUUGGGCCCCCAACUCGGAGAUCUGAGUUCCGGGUGAUAGUGACUGGCUUGCCCCAAACCGGGAGCUGGCAGGAUCUGAAAGACCACAUGCGUGAGGCGGGGGAUGUUUGUUUUGCCGACGUGCAGCGAGAUGGUGAAGGAGUGGUGGAGUUUGUUCGUCGGGAGGACAUGGAAUAUGCCCUGCGCAGAUUGGACAGGACUGAGUUCCGUUCCCAUCAGGGGGAGACGGCGAACAUUCGUGUCCACGGAGAACGUGGUGCCAGUUACGGUCGCUCGCGGUCUCGCUCCAGAUCCCCCCGAGGGCGUGGCUACUCACCACCUCCUUACCAAAGCAGAGGGUCCACUCCACAGCGCUACCAGUCACCCCCACGCCGCCUUGUGUCCCGCCAUAGCCCCCCAGCGAGGCGACACCCAGUACCGUACCAUAGCCCGCCCCCACGCCACUAUCGAUAGACCAGCCGGCCAUUGAUGAUUAGGGGCAGUUUAAUUAUUAUUUUUAUCCCAGAUCUCAAAUAAUUGUCCCCCUUUUGCUUGCUAUGUACAUUCCUUUAUCAGUCACCCCUGCUGGCCUUAAUAUUGUUGAUUUCCUUAAGCUUCAGCUCCCCAUGUCAGGUCACUAGUCAGCUCAGUUCUGAUGUCUGGUGAGACCAUUUGUUAACAUGCCAAUUAACUGGUCUUGCUGCUCAAGUACAUGUAUGAACAUUAUCAGUUUGAUGAACACUGCCCUGAGAAGUGCGACACCCAACAAAAACUAAAUGUGAACAUCUGCCUGCAUCGUCUAUUCCUUUUAAAUGAAUUGUAAGUGUGUGUGUGAACCUCUAAGAAUGAAUGAAUACAUUUGGAUAUUGAUUGUAAUCUGGUAAACCUCUGUGAAAAUCCCAUGUUUUAUUUUAAAGAAAUAUUGAACUUUAGCCAGUUCAUUCCUCUGUUUUUGUAACCUGUGGUGUCUAUAUGCAAGCAUUUUGUUUUCAAUUAAAACACAAACAAACCCAA